GCGGUAGUUUUUUUCAGAAAGUUAAUGUUUGUUGCUGAUCGGACCCGUCACUCGGCCUCGGGAUCGGAGUCAAGAAAAAGGCAGAUGAAUGAAUGGAAAGCUGAAAAGAAAUCUCGUCGUGUCAACGUUUAAACAAUUGCAGCUACAUGUCGAGGUCUGAGAUGAGCUAAAUAUGCCUCCAUUCAGAGAAGGAAACGGGCAUGGAGAAAUGGAAGAGAACUUGUACUGGUGUGCAUCAGAUUUACAUUGAGUAGACCAUGCAAUGACUUUUUUCAAUUGAAUGAUGUAAAGUACAAGUAUCGUCAUGGGAACAGGAAGCUCCUUCCCCAAUGAUGGGGAUGAUGAUGACCAGCCCGGGGUCAUCAAACGUAUCCCGAUUGAGAUGAAACCGAGACGGACACUGGGCAGUGCUCUGCGCUCGGUGGGGUCUUUUGGACGUAGACCCAAGGGCAUGAGUCUUCGGUCUUCAUUGUCUGUGGAAUUGGAAAGCACAGAGGUGGAGAAGCUGAGGAGGGAUUUUGAGAUGUUCAAAAUUGCAAAACAGAAUGAGAUGAGUGACCUGCUGAAGAAGGAGAAAAAACUGGAGUCGGAGAAUAGACGUUUGAGAGCAGAGUUACAGGCUUUACAGAAAACGUGCAAUAAACUAAGACUUGAGAGAGACAUGGCACUGGAUGCUGAAUACCAAGCUCUUGAAAGAGCAGCAACCUUUGAACAUGAUAGGAACAAAGUUCAGAGACAAUUCAAGCUUUUUCGAGAGAGCAAAGAGAGUGAGAUUCGUGAUCUGUUGAGAGUUAGACAGGACCUGGAAGAAACACUUCAUUGGGCUAAACCAGUUGAUGGUCAACCUCAAGACUCUAACAUCCAGGAACCACAAGGUGGUAACCCAGGAGAUUGGUGGACAGUAUUAGAGAGUGAGCCCUCUCUUGGCAGCAUGUCACAACUCCAGCCUCUCAGGGACACUAAUGUAUUUGAUAUAGAUGGCAACUCUAGCAGUGAUGGUAAAGGAGAGAUAAGCGGUAUUGCAGCCUCUGCACUCAAUCAAAUGUUGAGUAGCCUCUCCAGUCCUGCCUUGUUCAAUGUGAUUAGAGUCUACAUAUGCGCACCUCAUGACAUGCAUGAAGAGGCGUCCUUAUUACAGAAGGACUACGGCAGCAAGCUUCGCUCCUUGGGUGAUGGUGAAGGUCGCUUUGUGCUUCUUGUUCAUUUGACCUUUGACCCUGAAAGUGCAAAUACCUCUCUCUUGGAUGAGGAUCUACUUAGACUUCACUCGGUGAGACAGAGGGAAGUUGAGUUCUGCACCAUCUUUGUCAGUUUCUUAGGCGAGCUUGUUGAUAGGUUUACCUUGGAGGAAGUUGAACUUGGCCAUCUUCAUGAUCCUGGGACCAAGCCAGCCAUAUUCUGUUUUACCAAUGAUAGAUCUGUUGAGCCAGAAGAGAAUAGUUCUGAAGUUCUGAAGACUCAGAUCAAGAACAGUGGAAAUGCAAAGAUUUUAGAAGGAUUAGAGAAUACCAGGGAGAGAGUAGAUGCUGUCUAUCAAGAACUUGAGAAAAUCAUCAAACUGGAGCUUGGUAUUGAAUCUGCAGUGACCUCUGAGAUGUCAUCAGAGUUCCAGAGCGAGCUGGAUGAGAGUACAGAAGAGAGAUGUGGUGGACUGCAAUGGGACAUCCAUGGAGAUGGAGAACAACAGGAAAUACUAGCUAACAUCGCUAAGGAAGCCACAUGUGAGCUCACUUUUGAAAAGCACUAUGAGAGCAUCAGUGAACACGUAGCAGCGGCCGGUCCCUUACCUCCUCUCCUGGUGAGUGGUGUCCCUGGAAGCGGAAAGUCCUUGCUGCUCGCUAAAUGGGUUCAGCUGAAACAGAAAGAUGCCCCACCAGGCUUGGUUCUUUAUCACUUCACCGGGUCACCAAACUCGUCCAGUGCCAACGCUGUCACCAUGAUCAGGAGAAUGACUGCACAGUUGAUGCAGCAUGUUUCUUCUCCUCCUGCUCUGUCUUGCGAGCCGUCAAGAUUGGUAGAAGAGUUCCCUAAAUGGUUGGAGAAAGUUUCAUUGAGGGUGGCUGGUGGUAUCACCAUCAUCAUUGAUUCCUUGGAUAAUCUCCAGAAUCGAGACUCUCACCUUGGAUGGUUAUUAGACCCUCUUCCAGUUGAUACCAGAGUGAUUGCUUCAGCCAAUCCAGAAAACUGCCUACCUGCAUGGAAAUCCUGGCCCACCCUCCACCUGGACCCCCUGUCUCCAUCCCACUCCAAGGAUCUCAUCCACGCCCUGGGCCAGUCCCGCGGUCUCCAGGUCUCCCCGGAGCACGAAGCCCUCUCCCUGGCCCACUGCCGCACCCCUGCCACCCGUACCCCUCUCUUCAUCACGUUGAUGGUGGAUGAGCUGGCGUACAGCGAUCGUUCGGUGCCCAUCAGUGAGAAGCUUGCUGCGGGAUGUCUGGACCAUGGGGAUUCCGUGGAGCUGUAUCGGUAUAUCCUGGAAUCUCUGGAGACUGACCAUGAAGAUGCUACAUGUAGAGGUCUUGUCAAGAAGGUGUGUUUGUUGGUGUAUGCCUCAAGGAAUGGUAUUUCUGAGCUGGAAUUGUUUGAUCUGAUUCCUGAUCUUACUUGGAAUCACUGGGCUCCCCUCUGCCAUGACCUCAUCAACAGACAUGUCAUGACCUUUAAGGCAGGGGUCGUGACCUUUGCACAUACACAGGCUUGUGAUGCAGUCAGACUGAGCCACUGCACUGAACCUCAUGGUGAGAGAGAACUGCAGGCUGUCAUCAGUAGACUUGUCCACUACUUCAAAAAGCUUCUCAAGCCUGGCUCCACGACCUCCAGACUGACCGAGGAGCUCCCGUACCUGAUCCAGGUCUCAGGGAGCAGCUCCAAGCUCCAGGAGACUGUCAGCAAUUUAUGCGUCUUCAGGAUCAUGUACUCCAGAGGGCGCUGUUCGGAUCUGCUGACGUACUGGCAAACACUCGGGGUGGACCGACAGGCCAUGGCUAACAUCUACUUCACUACCAUCAAGAAAGUUGAAGAAAAUCAAAAUGGACAGAUCCCCUUGCCUAGGAUAGCUGAUUUGUACGAGAUGCUGGCAAGAUUUGUUAAGGAUCUUGGACUACUAAAUCAGGCAAUCUGGUCAGUGCAGAGAUCCCUUGAGAUCCGGGAAUCCAUUGAUCCUGACCACCUGAGUGUCGCCCAGUGCUUUCAUCUGUUGGGUGCCAUCCAUGGACAAGGUGGCAAGUUUGGUUCGGCUGAAGCAUACUACCAACAGGCUUUGAUGAUCAGUGAGAAUGCCCUGGGGAAUAGCCACGUGGAUGUGGCCAAGGUUCUGGACUCACUAGUGGUCAUCUACCGGAAGCAGAACAAACAUAAUUUGGCAGAUCCUCUCCAGAAGAGGGCUCACAUGAUCCGCAAGCAAGCCCAAACUCAGCUAUCAGCUCACCAAGUGAGGGCGCUGUCUGCCCUACGGCGACGCACUCUUCAAAUGGAGCAGCUGACGCAAGGAGCAGAAUCGGCUGAUCUGGCACGGACCCUUAAUGAACUUGGAAUGCUCUAUUAUCUACAGAAGAAUUAUCAGUCUGCAGAGAGUUAUUUCCAGAGAGCCCUGGACAUGCGUGAGUCAGUUCUUGGUCCUCACCACGUAGACGUAGCCCAGAGUCUUCAUAGUCUAGCUACUCUUCACAAUGAUAGAGACCAGACCAACCAGGCUGAAGAACUCUACGAGAGGGCACUAGCCAUCAGGAGCUCCAACAUGCCUCAGGAUCAUCCAUUGGUGCUCGCUACUGCACGCAGUCUGGCUGUAUUGUACAGGAAACAGGGCCAGUAUAACAAAGCUGAACCUCUAUACCUUCAAGCAGUUGAAUCAAAGCAAAGGAAACUGGGAAAUCAUCCCAGUCUGGCCACAGCUCUGGUCAACCUGGCUGUUUUAAGAUGUCAACAGGGUAACCAUGAUGAAGCAUCGCCUCUUUACGAAGGAGCUCUCAAGAUAUACGAGGAACAUUUUGGCCCGACGCAUCCACGUGUGGCCGAAACGCUCCGCAACCUUGCUGUUCUACGUUACGAGCAGGGAGACUUCCAAGAAGCAGCAGUACUGUACAAACGUGCCAAUGAAAUCAAAGAAUUAGAAGGGUUUGGGAGCAAGCCAUUGUCAAGGAGGUCUUCCAGCGCUGGGUCAACGAUACUCAAGAUGGCUGCCCAGUUACAUGCUAAUGCAAGGUAGCACAGCAUGUAGAGAUAUUGGGGUUGAUUGUCCAUAAGGUAUUCCAGCGCUGGGUCAACGAUACUCAAGUUACACGCUAGUACGAGGUAACACAGCAUGUGAAGAUUUUGGAGUUGUUUCAAGAAGCUGUUUGUAAGUUACGUACAACUAGUUGGUGUUUGUUGAUUAAAAUGCAAAAUAAUAUAAUCAUUGAUAAUUUAUAUACUGCCAAUCGUAAUCUGCCGUUAUGCCAUUUUGAGAAAAUAUGUUUUCUCUGCAAAAUAGAAUGUAUGUUAUGAAAUCACAACCAAUCUGUAUGACUAUCAUCAGGUCAUGAAAUUAUGGAAUAUACAGUACCUUUCUUAAUUCCACAUUUCACACUAUUUGACUUCUGUCUCUGCAUUUCCAAAGACAAAUGCAGUAAUGGUUACCAGUUUCACCAAUUUUCAUUGUGAAAUUGUUUUUAUCUCCUAGAAAUGUACAAGUGACAAUUUUUUUUUUUAAACGUUCCGGCAUUAAAAUGUUCUGGGGGAGCUGAGACCCUAUAUCAUGGUUUAAUUAAAAAAAUAAGUUUGAUCUGGACUUAUGUUCUCUGUCAUAAUAAAAAAAGCUUGAUCUUUAUAGCCAGUGUAUGCUGAGGCACUGUACAUGUGGCAAGGCAUUUUCUAGAUUUUCUUGAUUUCAAGCAUCUCAUUCUUUAUACAAAAAAUUCCAUUUUGCUGACACAAAAUAUGAAUUCAUAUUUAAUACAUGAGGAAUCAUUUGUGUUGGCAGUUUUAUUAUCAAAAUGCAAUUAUUGAUGUUAAAAAAAAAUUGAUAAGAAAGUGGCUUGUUGCCAUAUGUACGUUAGCAUACGCUGGAUAAAACGUUCGUGUAGAAACUCCAUUAAGAAUUAUAGGAAGUGUGGAAGGAGCCAAUUUUUUUUACACUUCUCAUGUGAAGUGAAAUUAUACACUACUCCUAGUGUUAUUACCGGGAUCCAUAAACCUGUCUUCCAUGCUCAUAUUAUCUCAGGGUAAAUCAUAAUCCUUUUUUGAUAGCGCAUAUCACAUUUGGCUAAUAUUUUGUUUUCAUUUCCAAAAGAUCAAUGCAGUAAUGUGGCAAGUAUCACCUUGAUAUUUUAUUUAUUGAAUAUUUAUUAUGUAUACUGUAAAAUGUAUAUUUUUCUUCUAAACCUAUCUAUGAUAUCCAUGUUAAUGCAACUGGCUUAUAUAUAUUAACAUUGAAACCAGUGCUGUCAUUCCAUUUAUGAAGUGAGAGUAAAGUAUGAUUAUUGAUGCAUUAGAGUUCACCAGGAAUAUAUUCAUCCGGGUUGAGCAGUAAAUUUCUGAAAGUCAAAUUGUCAAUGUCUUCAUGGGAAAUCAUGCUAUGUAUUCAUUUAGACCUUCAACCGUUUUCCGCAACAGGUGAUUAGCCCUUAGUUAAUUGGGGAGGGGGUCAAAUUAGCCCCCACCCUUCCCCUCGACCAUUUCUUUGACUACAACAUUGCACAAAAUUUUUUACCACAAUGCUCAGUGACUUUUAUUUUCAAGUGUUGCGCAUCUUUUGAGACCAAAUUUGAUAACUCCGGUACCAGUUCUGAAAUUAUGCAAUAGUUUGUACGUGCAUGUCAGACCCCUAUAUUACUCAAAAACAUGGUUACGUGUAUAAAGUAAUUGUUUUCAAAUAAAAAUGAUAAAUGCACAAUUAUUUUUACUUUUGCUGGUUGAAAUGGAUUUAUUUUUACAAAAGGGUCCCUGACAAAGUUCAUUGAAAAAAAAUUCAAGUUAAUAAAACAAAGAACUACCUAGGAAUUUCAUAGUAUAAAAAUAAAAUAAUUUUUUUUUUUUUUAAUAGAAAUGUCAAACCUAAUACUUUCACCCAAAGUUAGCACUUUACUAGCUAUUUAAAGUUAUUUGAUAGCAAAAAAUAACUUUGUACAAUUAUUUGCAUAAUUAAUUUAAAAGUAUAAAAAAAUGUAUUUUGGGGAAAAUUCUGAACGGGCAGGGGGAUGGGGGCAAAUACAAAAGAAUAUGUAAGGAUAUAACAUAAUCAGCUUGCUCAUUGCAUAUUCAUGAAGACAUGCAUAGAACUGUAUCUCCAAAAUAUUGCAAAGCUGUAAAAUGUCAUUAUUUAGUACUUCCUUGUCCGGGUUUGGUGACAUGUUUAGUGUUUUGUUUGUCCGAUUUAUUUCUAUUCAAAUUGUAUUAUAUUCAGCCCGGAUUACCUGUUUACUAUAUGAUAUUUGACAUCAUUCAUUGCCAUAUUGCAUGUUUUUAACAGUUGGCAGUAAUCGAAUAUCCAACUAUGCAAUAUUUGCACAAAGUGUCAACUUUUGUAUUGUUUUGCGGAGCCUGGCGAGCUGUGAUUGUACGACAUCUAAGGAAUUGAGUGAGACUACAUUUUACUGUCUUGUUCACUAUAUUUAAAGCCAAUUGUUUGCUUUUUUAUAUGGACACUUCAUGAAAACCAAUGAUAUUGAGACAUGUUUAGUGCAAUAGAUUACAUGUAUAAACUUGAUAAAAUAGAAUUCAUUAGUUUUUAAAAAAUGUUCCUGUACAAAAUAGUGUUAUUUAGAAUGUUGAAUUAGUUUAAGCUAGGGUGCAUUUUGAUCAAAAUGCAUAUUGUGCUGAACAGGCAAGUAUUAGGAAUUCAUGCAGUAAACGUAGAGAAUAACAAUACUUCACAAUGUGUGUGAAUAAAUUUGUGUGGAUUAUAUUUGUUUGUAAUUUAUUAUAAACACAGAAGUGUUAUAAUCAUUAUUUAUUAAUCUAAAAAUAACUAACAGUAUUUUUAUUUACAUUCAAGCAGUUCAGUAUUACCAAAAACAUAGAUGGGAAAUACACAUUCAUGUCGCAUUCAUUGGCUGACAUUUUUAUGAUCAAAUUUUUAAUAUUCAGAUUGUGACAAUGUAUAUUUUUGAUAUACAACAUUAAAGUAUAGUUUUGAUACAUAUUUUUAUACCUUUCUUUUGUAAUAUCCAAGAUGUUUGUAAUAAAACAUGUUUUUAAUUCA